AUGCCGCGCCGAACCGCUAUUCCAAUUGAGCGAAAGAAGGCCCUCCGGGCUCACAAGCUGCAGCAUUCAAGCCUCAGCAACAAGACUUUGAAGCAGUGGUUUGAGCAACACUAUAAUCAAACCAUUGCCCUAUCCUCUGUCUCCGAGAUCCUAUCGUCACGUUAUGAUUAUCUUGAUCAGACUGCCUGCCGCUCAGAGCUGCCUAUCUGGUUUAUUGGCACAGCUAAACGACCACAUGCCUUCCGCGCUGCUGGCAUCAAAAUCGAGAACCUGCCGCUCAAGUGGAGAUCGAAUAAGAAGGCCUGGAUGACAGGGUAUAUCAUGGAGGAAUGGCUUUGCUGGUUUGAUUCUCAAAUGACAGGCCGUAAAGUCAUGCUCCUUAUGGAUAAUUUCUCUGCACAUGAGCUUGCGUUUGAAAAUAUCCAGCGGAGCCCCUAUCCCUUGCUGAAUACCUUGAUUAUUUGGCUUCCACCAAAUGCGACAAGCAAAUAUCAACCACUGGAUCAAGGGAUAAUCUAUACAUGGAAGCAAUACUGGAAGCGGCAGUGGAUUCAGUAUAUGCUUGAGGAGUAUGAGCCUGGCCGGGAUCCUCUUGCUACAGUCAAUAUUUUGAUGGCACUGCGCUGGGGAAUCAAGGCAUGGCAUAUAGACAUGUCUACAGCCUCAAUUAUUCACUGCUUUGACAGAGCUUUAUUUCCCAAAAGACCUGUACAGUUGGAUCCUGAGAAUGAUUCAAUUAUGGAGAUCACCAGCAAGUUCCAAAGACUCUGCCUUCUCUCAGCAAUUCAAAACCUGAUGGAUAUUCAGCACUUUCUCAAUCCAGCAGAUGAAGUAGUAGAGGAUUCUCCUGAGGCUAUUGAGCAGCAUGUUAUUGCGCUGCUAGAUCCAGCAGAUGAGAGCAAAGAGGAUGAGGAUUUGGCUACAGAGAUGCUCCCACCAAUUACACCUUCAGAGGCUCUAGAUCUAGUUAAACAGCUCCGGCUGUAUGAAGAGCAGCAAGAUCAGGGAGAUCAACAGCUAAUUCAGCAGCUCAACAGCUACAAGAGCAAAAUAGCAGCAAGAAGGCUUCAAACUCAGCAGCAGCAAGAUAUUCAUGCCUAUUUUCAACGCGCACCCCCUAUAUAG